CUCGGCUCAAGGAUCGCGACAGAUCUCCGCGACCUGUCCUUCUUUCUUACGUAAACUGAACCCUCAACGAAACGCGUGCAUGGCUGAAGCGCAAGUGCCAAAGAACCAGGGCAUCCCAAGAUGUACGUGCUUCCUUUUCGUGGGAGCGAUUACGUGUCACACCAUGGUCCUCAUUGGCAACAUCACAACAGCUCAGAUGGUGAACGGCCUUGGUAAGUCUGCGAGCGGCUGGGGGAGCGUGGCUUCGAGCGUGUCGCACUCGCUAGACACUGAGCUGAACCCAGCCAUGCUGCAGGUCACGCAGUGGCUCACUACUUCCAUCGACGCCAUCAAAGAGUUCCAGCACGGUGUUGACACCCUGCUGAACGUUGCGGGCUCUACCAUUGAUGGUACCGUGAAAUUUUACGACCCAAAGAAGGUCGACGAGCAAAGCUUCAAGGCCAACGCCAAGCAGCACAUCCAGGUGGUCGCGCAGAAGGCUUUGGUCAAGGUGCAGCCUUUGACGCACAAGGUGAUGGAAUCUCUGCAGCCCGCCCUGGCCCAAGUGGGAGACUGGCUGGAGUCUUUCAGCGCCAAGAUCCAGGAUACCCUCGAGGAGUUUGGCACAGUCACCGACAGAUCCCAGAAGCUCGUUGACCAGGUCAUGGGGCAAGUGGCCUCUUCAGGUGGCAUGUACGAGGAGAUGGUUUGGGACACUUACCACAUGUUCGAUCCAUUCGAUGAUGGCAUCUCGCUGACCGAGUUGCACAAUGCAGCUGACCAGUACGGCAUCUCUGCUCUUCAGGGUGAGAAGGCAGCGCACCUGAUGGAAACGUACGACACCAGUGGGGAUGGCAGCAUCGGCAUCAACGAGUACGAGCAGCUGGUCACAGAUCCUUCUCUGCCAGGCUUGAUGACCACCAUCCUCAGAAACUACGCCAAGAAAUUGGGGGGCAUCGCUUCAUCCCUCGGAGCUGCCAAAAUGAGGGCCGAGGUUGCAACGGUGAUUGUUGAGUACUUGACCCUGGUGUGCACCAAGAACCUCACGAAGGUGGGAUGGAUCAGCGGAGACCUGGUGAACGGGGAGCUCCCGCUGGAGUUCACUGCAGACCUCUUUUAUGAGUUCUACCAGGCCAAGAUGUCCCCCAACAACUUGUCUCCCAUAGACGUAGGCUCAAUGAUCCUUAACUACACGGUGAAGGACAACCCCAAGCACACCGUUGCAGCAGUGGACUUGCUGGCGUCCCCAGACUUCUUCGCUUCGGAGGGCUUCGAUAUCAGCAUCGAGGACGAGACCAUUUUCCAGGUGGUCAGCUGGCUGGAGAUGUCAAAGGAGGGACAGGACGCCCUCAAGAGGUAUGCCGAGAUCAAGCCGCAGCCCGGGCAAAGCUACGCGGAGACGUACAGAGAUACGGUGAUUCAGAGGGAGCAGAAGUACACAGCACUUCACGGGACUCAGAACGUGGAAUUCCAGGCUCAGUCGUCCCAGACUCUCAGGGACGUGCUGCUGGGCGGCUCUGCAGCGUCAAGUGCUGCAGAUGACCCGCAGGCGCAGGCGGCGUCCGGGUCCUCGGUGCCCGCGAAGCCGGAGACGCUGCGCUGGGCCCAGGAGCUGAAGGCGAACGCCACCCGCUCCGCGACGGACUUCAACAACCAGUGCUAUGCCUACUCGGGCACCAGCUCCAAUCCGCUAGAUUCCCUUUGCAACAGCAUGAACGGUAUGGUCAAGAAGACGCAGAGCUUCCUGACGUUGAUGGAGAAGGUGGCAGGCCCGGGUGGAAAGGAGUUCCUGGACAAGCAGGCGGACCUCUUCCUGAACGGCACGGUGGAUGACAUCAUGAUGGUGUCGGACGUCAUCCUGGACAAGAGCAUAGACACGGUGAAGUGUGCCAACGGGGAUACGGCGGCCUGCAACUCGCAGAGCAUCGACCCCGACCUGAACAUGAAGCUGACGGGGGCAAUGACCUUUGUCACCAGCGACCUGAAGAACUUGCAGGGCAUCCUCCCGCAGGUCCUCAAGAACCUGGACUUCGCCAAGAAGGAGGUCUCAUCUGUUUCCGGGGUGAUCACCUCCGUGUCCCAGAUCCUGGGCCUGAAAGCGCCGCCGCUCAUGGAGCAGAUCUCAAAGCUCUAUAAGACUUUGUGGAUUGUGUACUUUGUGUUCUUCUUCCUCUUCAGCUUUGGCAUGCUGUUCUACGGCUUCUGGUCCAAUGGAUUCUUUGGCGGCCCACAGGUCGAGGCGGCCGCAAGCUCGGAGCCGCCUCAGACCUUCGGGCAGCGGCUGGCGACCUGCUGCUCCAGCUGCCUCGCCUGCGUCAGGGGCUGCACCUCAGGGCACCUCUGCUUCUGGUCAAUGCUGCUGUUGGGCCAGAUCCUGGUGCUGGUGCUGUUCUUGGUGUCUUUGGUCAUCUGCUUGAUCACCGGCCUCCAAGCGUUCUUGGGCGCUGGCUGCUCCAAAGUCUACUUGCUGGGCGAUCAGAAUGUUUGCUCAGCAGUUCUCUCAAUCUUUCAGAUCUUCUUGAAGACUUUUGGUUUCAAUGAGCCGUUCGCUGACACCUGCGUGGACCGAAAUUUGAUGACCUGCAAAGUUAUCCGCGACGCGACGGCCCGUACUGCGCUGGUGGCGAUCAUUGGGGGCUUGCUGGCUUCCGUGUUUUCCUUCCAGAUGCUGCUGGACUCUGCCACCAAGCAUGAGCGCGCGAGAUGCAUCCGAGUCAUGCAGGAGGAGGGGUUGAUGAAGGAAGAGUGAGUGAUUCGAGCAUCGGAUUUUGCAAGAUCUCUGGCCAGUGGGCUCACGUAAAUGUGCCGCUCCGUGGUU